CGUCAUUGCGUCAUGUGACCAGAGGACCUCCGCCCCCCUCGUGCUGUUGGAAAGAGGUAGUAUCGAGGUCACAGAAAUGUAGACGGGCAUUAGACUACUAGUGAGGGAGCAACGAACGGUCUCACAGCACUAACUUAAAUUCGGUACUUUACAUUUCUGCCUUGGACAUCUCCACCGCAAAUGUGAUGCAGUCGCUCGCACAAGAAAUAAAAUCCUUCUCCAAAGCUAAUUUGAGGAAACAAUGCACCAGAGUAACGACUUUGAGCGGCAGGCGGAUUAUUGAGACAUGGAAAGGUUCCACUGUACAGGUGGUUGAGGAAACAGUACAGCCUGAAACUGCAUGUGGAUAUAUUCAGGAUAAUAACUGGGACCUUCAGGUUGGAUAUAUUAAACCAUAUCUAUUACUUGGGUCACAAGAUGCCGCUCAUGACUUUGGUACUUUGAAGAAAUAUAAGGUCACACAUAUAUUAAAUGUUGCAUAUGGUGUGGAAAAUGCCUUUCCUGACCUGUUCAUCUAUAAAACACUGAGCAUACUGGAUCUACCUGACACUGAUAUCAUAUCAUAUAUCGAGGAGUGUGCACAAUUUAUCGACCAGGCUAAAGCUGAGAAAGGAGUUUUACUUGUCCACUGCAAUUCUGGAGUUUCACGUUCUGUUUCGGUCGUCAUUGGAUAUCUGAUGUUGAAGGAAAAUCAGCCAUUUGGUGGCACGUUUGCGCUGGUGAAAUCAGCUCGUCCGGCCUCAUGUCCAAAUCCAGGUUUCAUGGAACAGCUGAAAAACUUCAGACCACAAGAUGCUACACAAGGAAACUCUUUGGGCAGUUGUCGUCACUUCAACUCUAUCUCCCAUGUUGUUGAUAAACUCGGGGAUUUGCUUUUCCACAUGGGCACGUUCUCAUCCAAGCUCUCCAGGAGAAACAUUGUGACCGUGAAGCCCAAAGAGUCCGAAGACGGCAGAACGAACCGGGACCAUUUUCCAUACCAUAUUGAGAGAAAUUUUCUAACAGUUCUCCUCUGGCCAGAAGAAACCAGAAUGGCAGGGUUUAAUUCCAGGCUGCAACACAGGUCAGAUAAAGAGAAAAGAUAA